AAUGAAGCGAAUGAAGAAGAGAAUGAAGUGAGUGAAAAGAAUGAAGGGAAUGAAAAGAAUGAAGUGAAUGAAGAGAAUGAAGAGAGUGAAUAUGGUGAAAAUAAUGCACUUCUGAAACGAAUUCUUAAAGUUUCUCAUCCUUUAUUAGAAUUAUACGCUCUUAAAGUAUUAAAAAAUCAAAUCCCUUUUAUCGGAAGGAAAUGGCGACAGACACCAACUGAUGCGGAUGCUGAAGUUGAAGAAGCUUUGGUAAAUGCAGCAUAUUUAUAUGCCGAUGAUUUAUUAUUGGAUGAAUCAUUUACGGAAAAUUGGGAACAAUGGGUACAAGAUGAAGUUUAUAGUUUUUCGGUGACCCGACCUCACUUGAAUAAUGGGAGUGAGACGGCGUCGUCGUCGUCAUUUGGUGGAAUUGGAAAUAAUGAUGAUUAUUCUAAUGGAAUAUUUGAAGGUGGAAUAUUUGGAUGGGUAAAUUGGGUAAAUGGAAUGGGAAUAAAUGGUCCUUUGUCAUCCGAUGAAAUAAUUAUAUAUCAACCCACUCCUUAUCAAAGUGAUCAAAGCGAUCAGGGUGAUCAGAAUGAAGACGAUGAUGAUUAG